AUGGAUCCUUCUAAUAAUAUAUGGGUUGAGAUUCCACAAACAACGAAUUACUGGAUGGUGUUUCUAUCAUUUUGUAUUUCUGUCUUGGGAAUGAUUACAACUUUGGAAUUGUUAGGAAAACGAUCAUCACAAAGUGGUUCAAAGAAUUGGUUACGACUAAUUGGUGCUGCAUUUAGUAAUGGUUUUGUUGGUAUAUGGGGAAUGCAUUUUAUAGGAAUGAGAGCAUGUAUGUUAAGUGGUGGAAGACAAUUACGAUAUAAUCUUUGGUAUACGAUUUUAUCAUUAAUCAUUCCUAUCGUGGUCUUGAGCAUCGCAUUCUAUUCUAUUGGUGCUCAACCACAAGUCAACUUGAAACGAAUUUUAUUAGGAGGAACGAUUGCUGGUUCUAGUAUCGGAACUGCUAUGAUAAUGGCUGUUGCUGUGUGUGGGAUGCACUAUACUGCAUAUGCGGGAACCCAUUACUAUGACAAUGGAAAACCUCCUGUCCUAGAUAAUUUUGUCCUAAAUGAUAAUUUAGUUCUUGGGUCAUUGGGUUGUUUGGUCGCAUGUGUGUUCCUAUUAUCCAUAGGAAUUUAUACCAAAAGAACAGAGCUUUUUAUGCAAAAAAUUGCUUUAGGUGCUGCCAUAUAUAAUGAAGAAGGAAUGGUAUUGGUUUCAGUUGAAGGUUUAUUACCUUUAAUAAAAAUCGGUGAUAACGAAGAGUUCCAUCAAUUGAGUUUAGAGGAUGAAAUAUUUCAUUCAAUUUAUCAAAUAUCAAAUGAUUGGGAGACCGUAAAUAAAUGCCUUCCAUAUAGUGAUGAAACAAAAUUACAACCCAAACGCAAAACUUCUCGUUCCACAAUAUUUAUUGAAUCAUUUAUGUUAAAUGCUCGACAACUUGCCAAUUCUUUAAACAUUCCAUUUGCUGAAUCUGGUACAUUAUACGAUCAAAUACUUUUCACCGGUUGUGAUUCUUCUUCAGCUAAAGAACAUUUGUCUCUUGAGAAAACAAAUCUCAACAACAAUACGCAUGAUAUACAUGAUAUACAUAUUAUGUCAACUUCGUCUACGACACAUGAUAUACAUACUAUGUCAACUUCGUCUACGUUUUCCUCAAUGUAUGAUUGCUCUCAACCACAGACAUUAAUGCCUCAAUCUAAUAAAGGAAAAGGUCAAAUUUUGUUCAUUGUAAAACAAAUUAAAUCUUCUGAAAAUAUUGCCAAAUCUUCAAAUAACAACUCAGAAUGCUCAUAUCGUAAUAAAAGUAGAGAUAAAGGGAUUGUUGAAAAUUUUCAAAAACUAGGUUUUAGAUUCGCUAGUCCUAGAUUCAUAGCUCCAAUAAUGGCUCAAAAAGUUGGUAUUUCAGUAAGACAAAUGCAGAAUUAUUUAGAAAAUAUGUUUCUAUAUUCGAAUUCUGGAUUAAAGCCUUUUUUAGAAGCUGAUAGUGUUUAUGUUGGAUUAUUUGUUACAAAAAAUGAUUAUGGUGAGCGUGAUCUAAAUUCCAUUGGUAAUGGUCUUGAAAUAUUAGUAAUGGAAAAUUAUCGACAUCAAAUUCCUGUUUCUAAAUUACCUACAAUUAAAACUCUUGGAAAAAUAGAAAUGGAUCAUAUAAAAUCAAAAGAAGGAAUUCAUCUAAAUGAUUUGAUUUUACAACUUAGAACUUCAUUUCUUGGUGCAAUUUCAAAUUUAGAUUUAAAACGUGUUCCUAAAAAUCAUUUUAAAUCCAACAAAAGUGGUUAUAAACAAAAUUCUGUCGAUCAUUUAAAAGACAAUGUUGAUUCUUUAAAUUUAACUACUCAACAAAAUAAUAUGUUGGAAGGGUUUAGAUAUGAAUUAAUGCAAUCAUUACAUAGAUUAACUCAUAUUGUUAGUGAAGAACAAUUAUAUGCUAAUGCUAAACUUGUACCUCAAAUUUUUGAUAUAUUGAUACCAACAACUUCCUCAGAUCCCAAUAUAAUAUCUUCAACUGAAUCUUCUGAUCCUAAUAUAAUAUCUUCAACUGAAUCUUCUGAUCCUAAUAUAAUAUCUUCAACUGAAUUUUCUGAUCCUAAUAUAAUAUCUUCAACUAAAUCUUCUGUUCAUGAUAUAAUAUCUUCAACAGAUACCAAUACAACUCAAAGUCCGAUCAAACAAAAAUUUGCAAAAUUAAUAAUAUUUUACUUAACUCUUCCUGCAAAUGUAAAGCCAAAAUUAUCAAGGGGUGAAGUUUGUUUCUUACCUUUUGGAAUGUUUGAAGCUUAUCAAAACGUUCUAUAUUAUAAUUCAAAAAGAUUUGGCAAAUGUAUGCCAGAUUUAGAUAAGAAACAAAAUAAAGGAAAAAAAGAAAAAAGGACUAUUAAUAAUGAUACGAGUAAUAAUAAAAUAUCAAGUGAUAGCAAAGAUAUUGAGAAUGAUGAGAUAGAGGUUGUUGUGGAAAAUAAACCAACACAUGAAGAUUUCUGGACUUAUAAACAUUUAUUAAGUUUAUUACAAUCAAGAAGAUUAUCAAAAGAUAUUCGACAAAAUGAUCAUGCUCGAACUAUAGAUGAGAAACGAUGGUAUAAUGCUAUUCUUGAGGAAAAUUAUACGAACGAUGCAGAAAUUAAAUAUGAUAUUGAAACUAUAAAUUAG